UUCAAAAGGCACUUCAGUUUCCUUCUGAAUGCUGCAAAAUUAUAUGCUACAGUCUAUUGCAUUCCAUUUACAGAAGAGGACUUAUCAGCAGAUACCCUGUUGAAUAUUCUUUCCGAAGUAAAGAUUCAGGAAUUCAGACCUUCCAACAAGGUUGUUCAAACAGAUGAAACUGCAAGGAAACCAGACCAUGUUCCUGUUAGCAGUGAAGAUGAGAGGAAUGCUGUUUUCCAACUGGAAAAGGCUAUUUCAUCUAGUGAAGCUACCACAAGUGACCUUCAGAUGGCAGUGCUUUCAUUUGAAAAAGAUGAUGAUCGUAAUGGACACAUAGAUUUCAUCACAGCUGCAUCAAAUCUUCGUGCCAAAAUGUAUAGCAUUGAACCAGCUGACCGUUUGAAAACAAAACGCAUAGCAGGUAGAAUUAUACCUGCUAUAGCAACAUCCACUGCUGCAGUUACUGGCUUGGUUGCACUGGAGAUGAUCAAAGUAGCUGGUGACUAUCCAUUUGAAGCUUACAAAAAUUGUUUCUUUAACUUAGCCAUUCCAAUUAUAGUGUUUACAGAGGCAUCUGAAGUAAGAAAAACUGAAAUCAGAAAUGGAAUAUCAUUUACAAUUUGGGACAGAUGGAUUAUACAUGGAAAAGAAGAGUUCACCCUCUUGGAUUUCAUAAAUGCAGUCAAAGAGAAGUAUGGAAUUGAGCCAACAAUGGUGGUACAGGGAGUCAAAAUGCUUUAUGUCCCUGUAAUGCCUGGUCAUGCAAAAAGAUUGAAGUUAACAAUGCAUAAACUUGUGAAACCUUCUACUGAAAAGAAAUAUGUGGAUCUUACUGUGUCAUUUGCUCCAGAUACUGAUGGAGAUGAAGAUUUACCUGGACCUCCAGUAAGAUACUACUUUAGUCAUGACACUGAUUAACAGAAGUUGUCUUAAAUUUAGGACUACUUGAUUUUGGAAAGAAUGCACUUAUUCAGGAGCUUAAAGAGUCAGCUCAUAAUGCUAUGGAUUUCUCUUUGAUGAAGCCUUGAUUUAAGGGAAACAUCAGUAAAAAACUACAGUGAAGAAUUGUAAAGCAUUUUGAAGCAUAGUAUACACAUGUGUAGUGCUUCAUAUGUGGAUGUGCUCACAAGCAACUUCGAACUGGAAUGCUGUUUUAUAAUGCUUACCAAAAAAUUGUGUAUUAACCUCUUUGGAUGAAAAGAAGGAAAAAAGAAUGUAUCUAAGACCAGAAGAAAUAAAAGAUCAAGAAAUUGAAAAUAACAAAUGCAACUAUCCAAAAAGUUUAAUCCCAUUUUAUCAAUUUCUUUUUGUUUAGUAUUUGAGGCCCAUUUUUCUAUACAAACAGUGUUUGGCUCCCUGCACCUCUCAUGAUGAGGCUUUGAAUUUAACACCAAUGGAGCAGGGAUGGUAGCAGUGGAUGAAGAGUAGUUACUCUUAAAACUUUGAAAGUUACAGUUUACUGACAUGUUACCUCUGCUGAUUUAACCAGAGUUUGUUAUAUCACUGUCUCCCUAAAAUCAGGAUCUUUUGCUGAUAGCAUCAGUGUUGUAAGUCAUGAGCAAGCACAUCAGAUGACAGGUGUUAACUGCGACUAAAUGUUAACAAUAGCAUAUGGACUCUGACAACCCGCUUAGAGAAUCCAUGAAUGUGAACAGAUAAAUAUGGCUAGUCAUUUGAUUCUUUAGUAUGCCUUCUAGUGUGGCUAUUUUAUUUAUUUGGAACUCUAAACCUGAUUGUCAUAGUAUAUAAGACUAAAAGGUUUUGUAAAGGGAGUGUCCUUAGAAGUAGAUGAAAAGUAGAAAUUAAAAAAUUAUCACUAGUUUAGUCUUGAUUUUUUUUCUUCCAGCAGCCUAAUGGACAGAAAAAAUAAUCAUAAAUUAAUAUUUUAUUUUAAAGGGAAAUGUAUUAUUUAAUUCUACAUUCCCAGAAAGGGAGUUGACAAAGAUAAAAAUUUAUUUUUUUAGGUCUUUAUUGAUAGAAACUUUCUGUUUUCUGAUAUGAGCUAUUGCAUAUGUUCAUAGAAAUGCUUUCAUUAAAAUAACAUAAAGUGUACUCAACACUGUAAACUCAGUGAAAACAGCAAGUGUUUCUUUUAUUUCUAGGGCUGUCAUGCAUUCUAAAGCAAUUGGCAUUUUGUAACCACAGAAAGUCAUUUCCCUCUAGCUGCUUUUCUUCUGCUCUUCUGUUCAAACCAUUAAUAGGUACUUUGAUAAAUUAAAAACUAGAUUCACAUCAGUAUUACUCCAAUUUGGUAUAUUUUUAUAUUCUCUACUUAACUUUCCUUUUAUUCCACUUACAAAUAGUUUAAGUUACUUGGUCAACCAGCUGUAUUGUUUCAUUCUUUUGUAAAAGUAUCAUCCAAUUGGGAAAAUAUAUUUAGGAGUGGAGGGUGAAUUUGUAUGAAUAAAGGGUAGUCUGUGUUGGAGGUGAGGAUAAGUGGACAGGAUGAGUUUAAAGGAAAUGGCUACCUUUGAAAUAAGCAGUUAAUUUUGGUUCAUCGUAUCCUACCCUCUCCCAUCAUGUAUAUUGCAAAUAUAAUGCUUAAAAUUAAUAUUACUUAAAAUUGAAUCCAGGAAUAUCAAAGCUCUAUGGCUUGGAACUUUAGAGGCUAGCAGCAGUAAAAGCACUUUCCUAUAAGAAGUCUGUUCCCACUUUUUUGUUUUGUGCUCUAUGACAAUAACUGAUAUUUUCCAGGUAGCCAUUCAAUAAUUCUCAACUAUGAUCUAGUAGCUUGCUUAUAUUUGAUCUAAAUCUCCACAUCUCUUCAACAGUAAAUUUAGAACAGAACCGUGCUAUCAAUUCUUAUUUAUAGAGAUCAGUGCUUUAGCAGAUAUAAAUAAAAUCAGUAAGGAUUAAGUUCAUUUUGUGAUUAAAUCUGAAACCAUAUUGUCAUUACUUUUUUUUCUGUAAUGGUUAUUGCCAUUAGUUUCUUCUGUAUAGUUCUACUAGGCUGGAAAACCAGCGUGAAUUUAAUGACGGUUUUUUUUCAUUAUCUGUUUUAUUUCUGUACCAUGAGAUCAGUGCUGGUGAUUAAAAUACCAGGUGCAAAAAUUAAUGAUUUGAUUUUGUAUGGUACCACUGAGUGAUUUUUUACUUAUUAAAAAUAAAUUAAGAAAUUUGACAAUA